GUACCAACUGGAGAAAAUAGAAUUAUAGUUCGACAGCUCACUUCAAUCAGUGUAUACUGAAACCAAUCUAAACACAACAUGUUCGCUAAAUUGAUUUGUUUCGCCGCCCUGGCCAUCUCUUGCGCCCUCGCCAAGCCGGGAGUCGUAGCUCCGUUUGCUUACUCUGCCCCACUAGUGGCCGCUCCAGGUCCAGCUUUUGUGACCGCUCAGAGCUCUCAAGUGGUGGCCCGUAACUACAACGGAAUCGCUCCUCUGGCUUACACCGCUGCCGUGGCUGCUCCUGUGGCUUACACCGCUCCGGUUGCCAAAGUCGCCGCUCCUCUGGCCUACGCAGCUCCAGUGGCCAAGGUCGCUGCACCAGUAGCAUACGCCCCGGCUGGCCCAUUGGCUUACACUGCGUCUCCUUAUGCCGCUCCGUUUGCGGCUCCAUACGCUGCUCAAUACGCUGCUCCAUACGCUGCUCCAUAUGCUGCUCCUUUCGCCUCUCCGUAUGCGUCGCCAUACGCUGCCUACCGUUACAACCCGUACGUGCUGUAAGUGGAUGAUUAGGCAAUAAGGACUGAAUAUGUGGUACUGAAUAAUGAGAGCAGGCUCUACAAACAAUGGAACACGUGAUGUUAUUGUUACUGCAGUAUUAAGUAAGCUAAGGUCGGAGAAAUACAAAUCAAUUUGAAUCGAAAAA